UUCUGUUGACUGGCCAUCCUCCUCUCAAACUGAACGUCUCUGCCCACCUUUGCUCAGUCGCUCACCUUUUCACUCCUUCUCCCUCCGUCUGUCUCAGCUCAGACUUUUUACUUCCUUCUUCAGUUCUUCUCUGAUUCUCUCUGAAGCUUUUCACGGGAUUUUUCUGCUCAUUCUUGUUGGGGAAGACACCGAGUCAGCAGUCGAACUGAUACUGACGAGCUUGUCAGCAUGCGCUGUGUGAGCUGGUUGUUGCUGGGGACCUGCCUCCUGGUCCUGGGUCCCGCGGUGCAGGGAGCCCCGGGCCAGUGCCCCAGCCUGUGCCACUGCCACGGCGACCUUCAGCACGUCAUCUGUGACGGCGUCGGGCUGAAGAAGAUCCCCCGGGUGUCGGAGGUCACCCGUCUGCUGAACCUGCAGAGGAACAGCCUGGGCGGCAUCCCCACGGGGGCCUUCAGCGAGAGCAAGGGACUCAUCUCUCUGCACAUGCAGCACUGUCAGCUCCGCGAGAUCGGAUCCCAGGCCUUCAAGGGGCUGAAGAAGCUCAUCUACCUCUACCUGUCCAACAACGAGAUCAGCAGCAUCAAGCCCGGCGCCUUCGAGGACCUGACCGAGCUCACCUACCUCUAUCUAGACGGGAACCAGAUCGCCGACCUGGCCAAGGGCAUCUUCUCCCCCAUGAUCAACCUCUUUAUUCUGCAGCUCAAUGACAACAAGCUUCGGGAGCUGCGGCCGGGGACCUUUACGGGUGCCAAAGACUUGCGCUGGCUGCACAUGAGCGGGAACGAGCUGACGACCCUGCAGCCGGGCUCUCUGGACGAUGUGGAGAACCUCGCCAUCCUUCACCUGGACAGGAACAAGAUGUCCACCUAUCCCAGCACGGCAAUGAGCAAACUGCGAGUGGUGGAGGAGCUCACGCUGGGGAAGAACCCCAUGAGGAGCAUCCCGGACAACGCCUUCCAGAGCUUUGGCCGCUACAUGGAGAAACUGUACCUGGACAACAUGAGUCUGGAGAAGUUCUCUGAUGGUGCGUUUACUGGUGUAACUGCAGUCAAGUCACUGCACCUGGACAACAACAAGCUGAAGUCCCUUCCCAGAGGCCUCGAGUUCGGCACCAUCACCAACCUCACCCUCUCCAACAACCCAUGGAGCUGCACGUGCCAGCUAGCUCCACUGCGCAGGUGGAUGGACUCCAGCCGCAAUCGUCCGGACGCAGUUUGUGCUUCUCCACCUCAGCAGAAAGGCAAACAAGUCAGAGACAGCACCGCCUUCAGCGGCUGCAGAGUCAAGUCAAAGAGAGCCAAGAAGGGCACACGUCACUGAACACGCAGCCUGACAGGAGACGCCGAGGAGGAGCCAGUCCAGGUGACCGGCUACACAUGCAACGAAAGCAAUGCUAACUCAUUCUACUUCAAGACUGUCCAUCUAUUCACCUGCCAAAUGUUGUGACUAGUGUAAACACAGACAAACACCUUCAUAGAUGCACAUGCUCUGUCUCUCCCAAACACACAAAGAGCUUUCCGGACUUUCCUUUACAUUCAUUUAUAUCACAGAUGAAGUAUGAAGUGGCAACGUACGACAUUCAGGUAACCACCUAAACAAAGGAUGCAUCUGAGCGAAUGCAGGCUGCAGAGAGCAUUAAGGACAGGUGUGUUGUCUUUUCCUGGUGCAUUCAGGGCCUGGACAGCGGAAACUGUCUCCCCUGAGGAUAAUGUUCUCCUCUAAGUGUUUUUGUUUAGCAUCACAAUAAUGAAAAGCCAAGCUUAAAGGAAAUGUUCGACAUUUUGGGAAAUCGGCUUCUUUGCUUUCUUAGAUGAGAAGAUUGAUGCCGCUCUCACGUGUAGCUUAGCUUAGCACAGAGGCUGGAAACAGGUAAAGAGCUAGCCUGUCGACAGGUGCUCACCAACACCGCUAAAGUUCACUAAUUCAGCUUUUACACCAAAAUUAGUGCAUAUAUGCAGGUUUUUUAACGAGGGUAAACCCACAAAAAAUAGAUGAUUUUCCUCUUUCUCGCUGCCAUCUCGCAUGGUGAGAUGAAAUGCGAAACUUAGCGAUAAACACCUGCUGCAGAGCUACUGACCAGGGAACAAUGCUGAUUGCCCCAUUUCCCACCGAGGAUGAAGGCCAGAUGUUAGUGGGUGUUAGUGGGUUUUUGUCCAGUGUACAAUUAACAUAUAAUUAACAGCAUAUCUUGUUUGUUUUUGCUGUACAAAAACCAAAGUGAACAGAUGUCAAGUUGUCAUUUUAUGGAGGCUGUGCCUGGUAUCAAUCAGCUCCAGUCUGGUAUCAAUAUUCUCAUCUAACUCUUGAUGUAAAGGGAAUAAGUAUGUUUGCCAAAAUGCCAAACCCCUCCUUUGACAUUGCCUGAGUUGCCUUGUUAGACACCCAGCAGACACGGAGCAAGAUUAUCAUUCAAGUCCAAUCCACUCUCUUUUUAGCUCAGCUAAACUCCUGAGGGAAACAUCUGGAUGUUUAGCUGCGAUAAGCUCCACUCUAACUCUGUGGGACACAAGGCUAACGAGAGUGCUGAAAGUCAACCAAAACAGCUAACAAAACAUGCUAAAGAAGCUAAAAGAAGCUAAGAACGGCAGUAGAGCUGCUGUGUACCGUUCACAUCGCACCAUUAAGACUCUAGAAAUAAAGAGUCUGAAAUAUGUGAUGCUCCUUUAUUUUGGUUGUUAUCCGUAGAAAUAAUUAAUUAUCAAAGCAGAUGUGACUCCAAACAAGAGGCAGAGAAACACAAACUAUGAGAAAUUAUUAAACAUCCUCCUUCCUGUCGCUCAAGCAGACAACACUCGUUCACCCUCUUUCCAGUUUUACACCCUGACUGACUGAGACCAUCCAGCACGGUUAAAGUGACCACAAAAAGGACUGAAGACCUAUUUCUGCAUGAGGCUAAGAGACAAUAAGGCUUAGUGGCCGUAUGUGGAUCAAUGCAUUCAGUUUCCAAACUGUAUUUGUCUUGCAGUGCCAUUUUACCUGUAUGAAGGUAUUUUAAGAUCCCAAAGAUGUAUAGAACUGGACUGAGCUCGUUUUUGGUAAGAAUGUACACAAAUGAGAAUACAAGAAGAAGUCUAAAACUAUCAAUACGUUACACAGGAAGUCUUUACUAAAUGCAAGUUAUUUGUAUCAUCUUUAACAUUUUAAAACUUCAAACUGGAAGAAAAACUUUUUCUUUCACAUCAACUAUGAGGGUUACUGACUUGUUGCCUUUAUGCAUCUCUUACGUAUAUUCAAUACCUUUACAUUUCCUGGACUUUUGGAAGUGGUAACAAGUGCUCACAUCCAAUAAACCUUUGACACAAUGAAGCUUUCUUUUUGUCUAAAAUACAUGU